GUUACUUGACAGUUUCUUGACAUCUAUGACAGUGAAAAUGAAGCACCGCCGACGAAACAUAACAAAAAAUAUUGUGAAUCGAUUUUUUUUAUUACAAAUUAAAACCCAAAUAUAAUGUUCCUACGUCGGAUUGACACAAGGGUGCCACUUCCUUGGAUUAACAGACUUCUAAACAACGAUAAUCUCACCAUUAACACGUUGUUUAAAAGAUGCAUUGGUUCAGUAAAAUUGUUGGAAAAAUGGAAAAAGAAAUUCGAUGAGGAAAAAGUUCCAGAGGUUCAAUCAUCGCUGAAGAUUAUUUUGGCGCAUGUGUUGAAUGUGAAAAAGUUACGUGAUCUACCCCAGAGUAGCAAUGAAUUCUCAAUGACUAAAUCUGAACAAGAGCAAUUCGAGAAAUUAUGCGAGUGUCGAAUGGCCCGAAUGCCAAUACAGUACAUUAUUGGCGAAUGGGAUUUUCGGGAAUUGACAUUGAAAAUGCAACCUCCUGUGUUCAUUCCGCGACCGGAAACGGAAGAAUUGGUCGAAUUGAUUUUGCAGCAAUACGAAGUAAAUGAGUCGUUGAGCUUUCUGGAGGUUGGAUGCGGAAGUGGAUGUAUCAGUUUGUCAUUGUUGUUUUCACUACCGAAGUCAAAAUUAAUAGCCAUUGAUCAGAGUCAAAUGGCAUGCGACUUGACAAUGGAAAAUGCUAAGAGACUUCAACUCGAAGACCGCAUUCAGGUCAUUUGUCACAAAUUGACGGAACAAAGCCAUUUAAAUGAAAUCGACAAUGGACUGGAUCUCAUUGUCAGUAAUCCUCCAUACGUUCCGAACCGGGACCUUCUAGAUCUAGAGCCCGAGAUUAAACUAUACGAAGAUCUACGUGCCUUGGACGGAGGCACAGACGGAUUGGCGGUGAUCAAAGACCUACUGCGACUUGCGACGAAAACGUUGAAGAGAAACGGCCACUUGUGGCUUGAAGUAAACCCUACCCAUCCGGAGUUAAUUCAAAAAUAUUUGCAGGAACAUAUUAGCGAGCUGCAAUUAAAGUUUGUCGCUUCGUACAAAGAUGUGUUUCAGAAAGAACGGUUCGUUGAGAUAACGAAAUUGUAGCCGAUUGUUAGAAUGUUUUAAAUUAAAGAAAAAAAAAGUAAUUUCAAUGAGUC